UCCAUCGUGCAAAAUGAAAACAGCUGUUGCAUAAACUUCAUUAAUUACGCGGGAGCGGGUCGCAUGUGCAAACGGAUUCUCAUUUUGGAAGGAUCAUGGCAGAGAAACCUCAGCUGGUCAAUAAUUCACCAGAGGACAUUGAGACUGAUGAGUGCAUGAACACAUAUUCACACAUCUACAGCCCUGAUCUGCUCAUUGAUCAGGUGGCCUUUAUAACCGGCGGAGGAUCAGGUAUUGGGUUUCGAAUAGCAGAAGUUCUGAUGAGGCAUGGGUGCGACACGGUCAUCGCCAGCAGAAAUCUGGAGAAACUCACUGAGGCUGCAAAAAAGUUAAGCAGCACUACAGGCAGACGGUGUUUGGGGAUUGCCAUAGAUGUGCGUCAACCAGAGACGAUUUCUGCUGCCAUGGAUGAAACCUUGAAGACAUUUGGACGUGUUGACAUACUAAUUAACAAUGCUGCAGGUAAUUUCUUGUGUCCAGCUACAUCAUUGUCAUUUAACGCUUUCAAGACGGUAAUGGAGAUCGACACCAUGGGAACUUUCAACACCAGUAAAGUCAUCUAUGACAAAUGGUUCAAGGAUCAUGGCGGCUCCAUUGUCAACAUUUCCGCCACACUGGGAUACAGAGGUCAGGCUCUCCAGGUGCAUGCUGGGUCAGCGAAGGCUGCAAACGAUGCCAUGACGAGACACUUGGCGGUCGAGUGGGGCCCCAGUGGUGUGAGGGUGAACACAGUGGCUCCAGGGCCCAUCUCUGGCACAGAGGGAUACCGUAGACUGGGUGGUUCACAUGCCGAGUCAGCGGGGGUUUUCCGCAGCAUCCCGCUGCAAAGAGCCGGCAAUAAGACCGAGAUCGCACAUGCGGUUCUUUUCCUGGCUAGCCGCGCGGCUUCAUAUGUCACCGGCGCUAUACUGGUCGCCGACGGAGGGGCGUGGCUCACCUCGGCCAAUGACGUGGAACGGCUGCUGGGUAUUGUCUCAUCUCGCUCUGCAAAACUAUGACAGACAGCACCGCACACAGGUGUGUGUGCCUGUGCUAGAAGACAGGUUUUUGGUCUGCAGAGAAAAGAAAGGAUAAAUAGCAUGAAUAGAAGAUGAAAUCAACAGCAAUGGACCAGUUGAUCAUGCCAGCAUCUGUAUGGUUGUUGAAUAUUACAAAAACGUCCAUUUUAUUUUUCACCCCAAAACUAAAGAAAGAA